UUAGUACAGUAAGGCAAGGACCAGUCACUAUAUACACUGUUCUGCUUAUGCAUAUUGUGAAUAUUUUACUAGUGUAUACUUGUAGUUUGUUUGGAAUAUAUGUGAAAAUGUGAAAGUGGAUAAAGAUGCAAUCAAAGGAUGGAAUGUAAAAAUAUGAACACUGCAUGGAGGAUAACAUCAAAAUUCAAAAUCGAGGAAAUAAUUGAAAAGUCUGGGAAAAUCACCUUUGUAAGCUGUCAGUAAACUUUGAACAAAUCACAGCGUAAAUGAUAAAUGUUGAAUCAUCCUCAUAAGUAUUCCAGUGGUUCACAUUAUAAAUAUAGCAAUGAUUUGUAUGAGCAGGAGCACAGCCCUGCGAUGGAUUGUCAUAUUUUGUGGAGCAUGUACCCUACACAUGUUCCUGCAAGUGCAGGAUAUCCCAAUUGAGACUGACUUUGAUAUACUAGAGAUGUCUGUUUCUCAACUGUCUGUUGAUACUAUGGAAAUACCUCCUACAUACGACUCUGACAAUAAGACUAAGGAAUAUCCACCAAGAAAUGUUAAUAAGGAAUCUUUGGAACAAAAUGAAACUGAUUCCCUCCCAUAUGUGAAGCAGAAUGAACAUUUAAAUAAUUAUAUGUAUAUAUAUAUUCCUUCAGGCAACUUGCCUUCCAAUGAGGCUUCUGUGAAGAGAGGUGAAAUUAGUCAACUGCAGUAUAUGAAGCAAAAUAGAUAUUUAUACAAUCGUCUGAAUAGUUCACAACAAAGGGAAUAUCAUCAUCUCCUUUCCCUAAAACAAAAUGAAUAUAAUCGCAACAAUGGGAAAAAUGCAAGAUAUUACCGUUUCAUUAACACAUUAUCGUCAAACAAAAUAGUUGAUAACAGUGAAGUUUCUUUAUCAAGAGGAUGGUGGUUUAUCAAGGAGGAGUAUUGGACCAAAUACACUGACUGCUCUAAUUUGAGAUGUUACAUGGCCUUUGCAGUGCAAUGCUUAUCCAAAGUUCGCGCUUUGUACCAGUAUAUUCCAAUUCGACAAACCGCACCUAUAAAAGGAUUGUAUUUCUCCGUUAAUAGUUUUAACAAGAUAUUGAUGAAACAGGAUAACCCUUUUGGGCAUCAGUACACAGCAAUGGCAUUAUUAAAAUUUACUGAUGGAUCAAAUCAUACAAUCCAGUUGCAGUUUUCACCACAAGAAGGCCAUCAACAGCAGAGCGAUGUUUACAUGCUGCCUAAAGAUACAGCCCCUCUCUUAAGCAUAUCACUGAGUCUUGCCUGUGCUGGAUUUAAGGGACCUGUUGCAUUUAUGGAUAUCAUAAUAUCACCAAUUGUAGAAGAGGCCACAAUGCAGAAUGAUCCUAAACUUAAUGAUUUCAUUGCAACAUGUCCAGAGCAAGCCCCACUCCCGAACAUUGAGAAAUUUAGAUUUAGACGGUUAACAUUGAAUCAUCAUAUCAUUAGCAUUGCAAAUGACAUCACUCUGGUGACACAAGUCUCUGCUGAUAGACUGUAUAUGUUAAAUGAUGUCCUACCUUACUGGGAUGGCCCAGUAUCUAUAGCAAUCUACAUUCCUGCAUCUGAAUCUCUAUCUGACAAACAAAUUUAUGACGACAAUUAUUUAAUUCGUAAGCUUAAAACGCUCACACAGAGAUGUGAAAUCACAAUUUUGUACGGAGCAUACUAUAUGGAAAAGUAUCCAAUUAAUACAUUGAGAAACCAUGCAAUGCGUCGUGUACAAACUGAGUAUCUGUUAUUAACAGAUGCUGACUUCUUACCAUCAAUUAACUUUCAAAGACAUGCCAAGUUAGAAAUAAUUCGAUUGAAAAAUAUUCUCAAUCAGGCUGAUACCGAUAAUACAUAUACUACAAAUUUGGAUAAAACAGCAUUUGUUGCCCCGGCCUUUGAGUAUUUAAAGAACCCAUUCAAAUCAAACAACCUAGCAAAAUCAAAAGUAGAGCUUAGGAAAUUAUACAACACACAGUCUGGAAUUAGAAUAUUCAAUGGUGAAAGAUCUGACAACCACAAAGCAACAAACUAUGAGAAAUGGUUUAAAACAAGUCAUUCAUAUGAAGUCACAGAUUAUCAAAUUAAAUAUGAACCUUAUGUUGUAUUAAGAAAACACAACCAGCUUCCUUUAUAUGAUGAACGUUUUGUUGGGUAUGGAAUGAAUAAAGUUAGUUAUCUGAUGGAGUUAAAAGCUGCUGGGUACACAUUUGUUGUGCUCCCUAAUUGCUGGGUGUCUCAUAUACCUCAUGAAAAAACUGAUACUGGUCUCGCGUUUUCUUAUGAUGUAUUCGCAAGACUGAGAAAUAGAGUAUUAAGAUAUGAGUUUAUGGGAGAUUAUACAAGAAAGUAUGAGAUUGGAGGGUGCUCUGAAUCUAAACAAAGAGACAUUUAAUAUAAAAAUUGUCAUGUGACCUUUUCUAUGGAGGCCAUGGUAUAUAAGACUGAUAAAUAAACUGAAUGUCAUAUAUUUCUUAAACCAGUGUCUUAAAUGUUUUUUUGGUCUGUAAAUUAAAGAUGCUCUAUAUAAAUAAGCUCCUGGUUUAAAAAAUUGGCUAUUUGUAAGUCAAAUCUAUUCAGUGUCUAGCGCUUAGAUGUUCACAUUUAGGUUCCCUAAAACUAUAAUAUUUUAGUAUUCAACAUACACACUAGUUAACCAUGUUAACAUGCGAAUGAUGGCUUUAUACUUUGCAAAAUAUAACAACCCAGACCCUAGUCAUCUUAGACCUAUAUAAUUUCUUAUUUAAUUGAUCUUUAAAAUAAAAAGUGUGUAAAUGUAAAUGUGGUAGCCUCACUUCUUCAAACCCAAGUUAAAGUGAGUAAACAUGUGUUGAGUUAAAGAAAAUUCAAUAAUCAAAGUAAA